GCAAGCUUGUCUUUUGACCUGAGGAGAUAAUUAUUUCAGUAAUCACUGUUAGUUUUCAUUUUUCAAUGACGGGUUGUAAGUGUAAAGUGGCGAGUGGUGACCAUCUGUGCUGGAACUUAGUUACUUGUUGAGCCCACUGCACUGGUACUUGAAUGGUGUGUGUGUGCGCGUUUCGCCAACCCGCGCAGCGCUGGUCUGACGAGGUGGCCACUGGGGAAUCUUGUGUGAAUGAAAAUUGUAAAUAAUUAGCUGAAUCCAUGGCAUUCCAGCCAUCAGAUGCCACAAUGUUUGAGAAUCUGGAACAGGAUUACGAGGAGGAAUCCGAUGGAGCGGAUGAGGAGUUGGAUCGACGGGAGACAGUGUCCAAUAUAGUCUCGACGAGCUACGAAACAGUGGAUGAUGGCGUUGACAGCGCCCCACGCGACCGGGCGAAUACCCGGUCGGAUCGCUGGGCGGCCACGGCGGCGCACGUACGCAAGCGCAUCGAGAGCACGAAGCGGCACACCAAGGCAAUACGCAAGAAGUACAACGACAUUGUCACCAAGCGUGAGAAGGACCCUCGCCGGCCGGGCCAAGGUGGUCAGCAACUGGCAAUGUAUGGCGCACCAUUGCAGGUUGCCGUCAAUCGCAGUGUGCUGAAUCAAGGCGUGCAGCUGCCCACGGUUGUGCGCCACUGCAUCGACCAUCUGGAGGAGUUUGGUCUGGAUCACCAGGGCAUCUAUCGGCUCUCUGGGCAGAAGUCGAAGGUCGAAGCCAUCAAGGCAGCAUAUGAUAAUGGUGAUGAGAUUGACCUGAUGGACUACACUCCGGAUGAGGUGGCCGGCGCUCUGAAGCUGUACCUGCGCGAGCUGCCGUCCAGCGUCCUGGAGCCCAUCACGGACGAGGUGGAUCAGCUGAUUACCAAUACGGAUCUAGAUGUUCCAACGCGCUGCCAGCAGGUGCACGAGAUGUUGGAGGCGCAACUGCCACCCUGCAACUAUGCGCUGGUGUCAUGGCUGUGCAUUCACUUGUCACACGUCAUUGCAAAGGCCGAUAUCAACAAGAUGAAGCUGGCCAACGUAGUUAUUGUCUUCGCGCCAACAGUGGGCAUGAGUCAGCCCACGCUCAACUUCUUCUUCACGUACCCCAACGAAGUCUUCCAGGGCGUUGAGCUGCGACACUACGUUGUGCCUUCACUGGAUGACACACAGCUGUUCUCACAGAAGGACCUCGACGCCAUGGAUCCGUCAGAACUGACCUGGCAGCUUAUCAAGACGGAAGACUUGCUGACACAGCUGCACAAGGACCUGCACACGCUGACUGAGAGCGAGAAAGAGUCAAAGUCCGAUAUGAUCUGGAACUAUCAGCGCCAGGUUACCAACAUCAAGAGACUGUUGCGCACCAAGGCCAAGACCAUGAUGAAGCACGUGUCUACAGUUGGAAUGGAAGACCACUACUCUUCAGCCACUACGGAAGAACACCCGGCAGAAGAUUGGCAGUCGUUGCAGACAAUAGUAUUGGAAACGCUGACAUUAGAAAUUGAGAAAUUGGAAACGAUGGAAACGUCACUUCGGGAGAAAAUCACACAGGAGAAAGAGUGGACGGACAUGGUCAAGAGUCAGAUAGCUGAGCUCCAUCGACCACCGUCCGCUGAGAAGCCGACAACGGAUGAAGAUAUCUCUACGUAUACCCAGUUGUCAUCAGAAGUAGAGCAGUGGGAGACUGCCAACGAACAGCUGAUCAGUGACCUGGCCAGUGAGCUAGAGCAAACUGCUCGCCUGGAGGCACGUAUCUCCGUGCUGCGUAAGCAUGAUGCCGAUAGUCUCAAUGUGCCUGUGCCUACCUGAUGAACCAUCCGAGUUUUGUUUUUCGUUUUUGUGUAAAAAAAUAUUGUACAAAUCAGCAGAUUUAGCACCUAUCCAAGCCCAUUUUUUAAAUUUGAAAUUUAUUAUCAGAAGAUCUUAUUCCACUUUCACAUAGUGCCGACUGUUGAUGCAUGUCAACUUUGUCAAGCACAUCAUUUAAUACACGUGCACGACGGUGCGCUCACAAUUUGUAGCGCCUCUUUAGAGUCACAGUUUUCGAGUGACUUGUUAAUUUUCUAUGGCUUCAAUUCCCUCAAACUUAUGCGUAUGGCUACAGUGUUCGUGUUUGCCACCAUAAUUUUUAUGUUUACGUUUUGAUGCUGUUUGCUACGCUAGUGCAAUGGAUGCUACCACUCCUGCUCCGGUUAUUAUUAUUUUUAGGAUAUUUUAGUGUCACACUUCUAUGACUUUGUACAGUGACGCACGCAUGAUGUGUCUUGACUAGGCUCUGAGUUUAUUGAACUUUAUUUUGUACCCCCCCCCCCCCCCAUCCCUUGUUUUGUUUCAUCCGACGAUCUCUAGCUGCUGGUCAGUCACCUGUCUCGUACAUUGUCGUUCUUUUUCUUGCCUGCCCCCCCCCCCCCCCCCUUCCCGGAUUCUGGGAUGACAGUAUUACAUGCACUUCACCUCGCGUACGGUCAGUUUUAUUUUCUCAACGACGAGUUCUUGCUUGUGCAGCAUGGUCACAUAUUUAUGCAAGCACCUCGGCCUCAACCAGCCUUGUUUGUUUAUUUAUACAAGCAUAUUUUUAACGCUUAGGCGUUGCAUGGCCUACUGUGAAAUGUGAUAACUUUGCGUUGCUGAAGGAACACGCACUCUAGCCGAUGGGGGUCUAUACAGCUCCCGGUUAGCAUCUGCUUUCGCCUGUCAAAUAGGCAUACGUAUGUUCGUUAUUGCCUGUUGUAUACAAUGUUCCUCUGGCUGGGUACCAAUGCGUACUGUGGUCUUGUUGCA